AUGGCGCGUCUCUUGCUGAUCACCAGUCUGGUCGGGGCCCGCGGCGCCGCCAGCCUGGGUGCGGCCCCCGCCGAUUCCAGCAUGAUCCAGCUCGGACCAGCGAUGGGCAAGAUCAGCACUUCGCUACAGACAACGGCGACGCACUCUACGGCGCCUGCCCCGCUGACGUGUCGGCCUGGCAGCCCAUCCACCUGCGCAGUCAGUGAGUACGUCCUGAGUGGGACGUUCUCAGCAGGACGCCUGGUUCGAGUUGAGAACGGUCACGAGGUGAGAAGGUCAACGGACACCAACAGCUGCCCCGACGGCUGGAAGAUCUGGUCCGCCCGCAACAGAGAGGACCUGGAUACUGUUAUCAACACCGUCAACCCUGCACCGGCAACAGAGUGGGCCUGUAAUCAGCACCAACACUGCGUAUGUUGGCCCACCCUCCAGCCCGACUGUCUUGGCUUCCCUUACUUCAUUGUCGACGUCACGAAGCCAUCCGACGGAUGUGGUGUAGGAUGUUUGGGCGUCGCGAUGAAUUCCGACACAGCAAGCGUUUGGGUGACGGCCGACGGGUCACCAUGGUAUCUGCGCGGUACCCCGUCUGGGGAUCCAAGUGGCGAUUACACUGCGAACUGCUACCUGGGCAUCUUUAAGUUCUCCGACGCAGAUGACGUGUAUGUCAACGAUGCGGGCUGCGCGCACAGCUCUUCAGUCUAUCUGUGCCAGCCAGAAGCUACGGCGACGCCAUCUCCAGCGCCGUCCCCAACGGCAGUUCCGACACCAGCUCCGACGCCAGCUCCGACUCCGGCCCCACCGACGCCAUCCCCGACUGUGGGGAUGGUAUCAGCAAGGUAUUUCAGGUUCGUUGUGGUUAUCAGUGGAACCGCAAAUCAUAUAUGCAUGAAUUUCAUGAAGUUCACUGGUGACUGGCACGACCACUAUGUACAGUCGACACAUGCGUUCGGAUUUUCGGGUAUGUACGACUUAAGCCCGGUAGCUAAGUGGCAAAGCGGUCGAACUGGUCACUGGUGCGGGUGGUCGGCAGACCAUGGCGGUGCGUAUCUUCAAUGGGAUAUGGGGACCGUCGUGGAGAUUGAUUCGUACACUUUCAAGCCUGACAGUCAUUGCCCGAAUGCCCCGCAGGAGUGGAUCAUUGAAGCGUCCGUUGAUGGAUCGUCUUGGUUCCAGGUAGACCACAGGUCAAACGGUUGCGACAUUUUGACUUGGCAAUCAAUGAACACGUUCCGGUUUCCACAGGCCCCGCCAAGCACAUGCACUGACGUCCCAGGAUGGCACGACGGCUAUUCGUCUCACCAAGAUUGUGACUUCUACAGGAACCACCCGUCUGGUUGGUGCACGCGCAGCUUCCAAGAAGUAAACCCAACAGCAUACGGCUAUCACGGCGUGUCUGGAUUGGCUGGCGCAGCAGCUUGCUGUGGCUGCGACCAUAUGACUUGCGAAGAGCUGCUGCAGAGUCCUUACGGGAGCUGGUACCACGAUCGCCACCCCGCUUGCCAACCGACGCCAAGCCCGACAGGGGUCCCGACGGCAUACCCGAUUCCGACUCCGGCCCCACCGACGCCAUCCCCGACUGUGGGGAUGGUAUCAGCAAGGUAUUUCAGGUUCGUUGUGGUUAUCAGUGGAACCGCAAAUCAUAUAUGCAUGAAUUUCAUGAAGUUCACUGGUGACUGGCACGACCACUAUGUACAGUCGACACAUGCGUUCGGAUUUUCGGGUAUGUACGACUUAAGCCCGGUAGCCAACUGGCAAAGCGGUCGAACUGGUCACUGGUGCGGGUGGUCGGCAGACCAUGGCGGUGCGUAUCUUCAAUGGGAUAUGGGGACCGUCGUGGAGAUUGAUUCGUACACUUUCAAGACUGACAGUCAUUGCCCGAAUGCCCCGCAGGAGUGGAUCAUUGAAGCGUCCGUUGAUGGAUCGUCUUGGUUCCAGGUAGACCACAGGUCAAACGGUUGCGACAUCUUGACUUGGCAAUCAAUGAACACGUUCCGGUUUCCACAGGCCCCGCCAAGCACAUGCACUGACGUCCCAGGAUGGCACGACGGCUACUCGUCUCACCAAGACUGUGACUUCUACAGGAACCACCCGUCUGGUUGGUGCACGCGCAGCUUCCAAGAAGUAAACCCAACAGCAUACGGCUAUCACGGCGUGUCUGGAUUGGCUGGCGCAGCAGCUUGCUGUGGCUGCGACCAUAUGACUUGCGAAGAGCUGCUGCAGAGUCCUUACGGGAGCUGGUACCACGAUCGCCACCCCGCUUGCCAACCGACGCCAAGCCCGACAGGGGUCCCGACGGCAUACCCGAUUCCGACUCCGGCCCCACCGACGCCAUCCCCGACUGUGGGGAUGGUAUCAGCAAGGUAUUUCAGGUUCGUUGUGGUUAUCAGUGGAACCGCAAAUCAUAUAUGCAUGAAUUUCAUGAAGUUCACUGGUGACUGGCACGACCACUAUGUACAGUCGACACAUGCGUUCGGAUUUUCGGGUAUGUACGACCUAAGCACGGUAGCCAACUGGCAAAGCGGUCGAACUGGUCACUGGUGCGGGUGGUCGGCAGACCAUGGCGGUGCGUAUCUUCAAUGGGAUAUGGGGACCGUCGUGGAGAUUGAUUCGUACACUUUCAAGCCUGACAGUCAUUGCCCGAAUGCCCCGCAGGAGUGGAUCAUUGAAGCGUCCGUUGAUGGAUCGUCUUGGUUCCAGGUAGACCACAGGUCAAACGGUUGCGACAUUUUGACUUGGCAAUCAAUGAACACGUUCCGGUUUCCACAGGCCCCGCCAAGCACAUGCACUGACGUCCCAGGAUGGCACGACGGCUAUUCGUCUCACCAAGACUGUGACUUCUACAGGAACCACCCGUCUGGUUGGUGCACGCGCAGCUUCCAAGAAGUAAACCCAACAGCAUACGGCUAUCACGGCGUGUCUGGAUUGGCUGGCGCAGCAGCUUGCUGUGGCUGCGACCAUAUGACUUGCGAAGAGCUGCUGCAGAGUCCUUACGGGAGCUGGUACCACGAUCGCCACCCCGCUUGCCAACCGACGCCAAGCCCGACGGGGUCCGGGGUCCCGACGGCACACCCGAUUCCGGCCCCACCGAGUGCGCCCAGUGCAGGCGGCGCAGGUGGGGCUUCCGCCACUGGCGAUCCCCAUUUGCAAAACAUUCAUGGCCAGCGGUUCGACCUGAUGAAGGCGGGCAAGCAUGUUCUGAUAAACAUUCCUCGUGGAACGAGCGCUGAAACCGCACUGCUUCGCGUGCAGGCCGAGGCGCGCCUGCUGGGCGGACAUUGCGGAGACAUGUAUUUCCAAGAAUUGAACGCGACAGGUUCUUGGGCAGAGGCAAAGCAAGUUGGAGGGUAUCAUUACAGCAUAUCGCAUAGCGACGCCGAGACUCCGAAGUGGAUUGCCUUUGGCGAGAUCGAGCUCAAAGUCGUGCGUGGGCAUACGGACAGUGGUCUCCUGUAUUUGAACCUGUACGUGAGGCACUUGGGGCGAGCGGGAUUUGCAGUCGGAGGUCUACUGGGUGACGACGACCACGGGGACGCCAGCACCCCUCCGGAAGCUUGUCACCACCGCGUGGCCCUCGUGGCGGGGACGCAUGGCGGCAGGAGCUCCGCCGAGGCUUCGGCUGCAGUAGCAAGUUUCGCUUGA